AUAUGGAGUCACAUGCUUCCGAGUCUCAACUUUCAUUUUCAUCUGCUGAGACGAGAGAUCAGAUCUCACUCUCUCUCUCUCUCUCUCUCUCUGCUGAAGGAUCAGAAGAGAGAUGAACUUCUGGAGUGCUUUCGUUUACCUUAUCCUCACCUGGACAUUGAUCCAAGCCCUCCUCUACUCAAUUUCAAGAGCCAAAAACACCUCCAAAAAGCUUCCACCAGGUCCAAAACCGCUUCCAAUCCUCGGAAACCUUCUCCUACUUGGUGACAAACCUCACAAAUCUCUUGCCAAACUUGCCCAAAUUCAUGGCCCUUUAAUGUCCCUAAAACUUGGACGAGUGACCUCCAUAGUUGUUUCUUCAUCAGCCAUGGCCAAACAAGUCAUGCAAACCCAUGAUCAAUUCUUCUCCAACCGAACAAUCCCCGAUUCCAUUCGAGCCCUUGAUCACCACAUUGUUGGCUUGCCAUGGAUCCCUGUCUCACCCCUCUGGAGAAACCUUAGAAAAAUAUGCAACACUCAGCUAUUUGCCAACAAGAUGCUUGAUGCUAACCAAAACCUGCGACGCAAAAAAGUGGAGCAACUCCUUGAAUCAGUCCAUAAAAGCAGCCUGAGUGGGGAAGCAGUUGACUUUGGUUGGGCAGCUUUCACCACAACACUCAAUUUGCUCUCUAAUACAACUUUUUCAAUUGAUUUAGCAGACCCGAGUUCCAAAAUGGCCAGGGAGUUCAAGGAGAUGGUGCAUAAUAUUAUGAUCGAGGCUGGAAAACCAAACUUGGGGGACUAUUUUCCUGUGCUUAGGAAGAUUGAUCCUAAUGGCAGAAGAAGAAGAAUGACUAAGUAUUUUGGAAAGAUAAUAGAUUUAGUUGAAACAAUAGUUCAGCAGAGGUUGGAGCUGAGAAAAUCGACUGAAUCUGCAACAAAGAACGAUGUGUUGGAUACCCUUCUCACUAUUACAGAGGAAAACAGUGAGGAGCUCAACAAAAAUCAACUUUAUCAUUUCAUACUGGUUCUUUUUGUUGCAGGGUCAGACACAACUUCAUCCACAUUCCAAUGGGCAAUGGCAGAGCUCUUGCACAACCCUGAAGUUCUCUCAAAAGCACAAUUAGAGCUUAACGAAGUGAUUGGCAAAGGCAAUCCUGUUGAGGAAUCAGACAUUACUAGACUACCUUACUUGCAAGCCAUUAUUAAAGAAACAUUUCGUAUGCACCCUGCAGUUCCUUUGCUACUUCCCCGAAAAGCCGAAUCAGAUGUAGAAAUUGAAGGCUCCACAGUCCCAAAGGGUGCACAAGUGCUUGUUAACGCAUGGGCCAUUGGCAGAGACCCAAGUAUAUGGGAUGACCCGGAUUCAUUCAAGCCGGAGAGAUUUUUGGGGUCUGAACUUGAUUUUAGAGGCCGGAAUUUUGAACUUAUUCCAUUUGGCGCCGGCAGAAGAAUAUGUCCGGGUUUACCAUUGGCAAUCAGAAUGUUGCACUUAAUGUUGGGUUCUCUUAUCCAUUCCUUUGUUUGGAAGCUUGAAGAUGGAGUUACACCAGAGAACAUGAACAUGGAUGAUAAGUUUGGACUCACCCUAGAGAUGGCUAAACCCUUGAGAGCUAUCCCUAUCCCUCUGUGAAAAUUGUUGCACAAGUAUUUUGUUUUGCUAUUCCUGUCCCUAAUUUCUCAGUUUCUCUUUUUCUCUAGUGCUGCACAUUAUAAUAAGUUUGGUCUGUAGACUCGGAUUGUCUGGAAAAAAUAAAAUUCUUGCAUGGAAAAGUAGAAGCAACUGAAACUGAUUGUUUCUCCAAUAAAAUCAGAUCAUUAAUUUCUAUGGUGGCUGCUUACUACAA